AGACCACCAGGCGCACCGGCAGUCCCCGUCUCUGCUGACUCAGUGCCUUACCAGCAGUCCCUUCACCCGAGAUACCGCAUCCAGCAACCGACGCACACUCCUCCGGUCAGCUCGCCCCGGCACCACCACCGUACAGACAUGUCCAAGACCGCAAUCGCUUACAAGGAGAAGAUGAAGGAGAUUUCAGUUCUCUCACUCAUCUGCUCUUGUCUGUAUCCCGAGACUCGCAAAAACAUCAUGGGUGACUUUGAAGACUUGGACAUCAAGCCCAUUAACAAGCGAGCCUCAGGCCAGGCCUUUGAGGUCAUCCUGAAGCCGGUCUCCCCCGUGUCUGAUGCUGCCCACUGCAUCACCAACCCCCCAAAGAGGGACAUUUCCCUGGAGGACAUCCAGAAGAAACUGGAGGCAGCUGAGGACCGGAGGAAAUCCCAGGAGGCCCAGGUACUGCGAGCCCUGGCCGAGAAGCGGGACCACGAGCGCGACGUGCUGCUGAAGGCCAUGGAGGAGAACAGCAACUUCAGCCGCAUGGCCGAGGAGAAGCUCCAGGUGAAGAUGGAGCAAAUUGAGGAAAACCGGCAGGCUUACCUGGCUGCCAUGAUGGAGCGCCUGCAGGAGAGGGAGAGGCACGCUCAGGAGGUGCGCAGGAACAAGGAGUUGAGAGAAGAAGUGACAGCGUGAGAAGCCCCAACAGGUUCCCACCUCCAAACCCCCCCCCCACCACCACCACCACCACCCCCGACCCUGAGGAACACCCUUCUCUCCACCACAUGUCCCCACCUUCUCCACCCCUCCGCCAUACUCCCCCAUACUACUACGAAAGUAACACAGCCUGAGACGCCACCCCAAGACAGUGGGAGGUUCAAAUGGGGUUGGGGGUGGAAAAAAAAGUGAAAAUAAUUAAAAGAAAAAUUAAUGUCUCCCACCCACUCUUCCCAAAAAAGAAUGUUUUUGCUCCGUUUCAAAUGCGAAAGAAAAGAAAAAAAGUCAAAUUGACAAGUGAAAGUGGGUAUUGGUUUUUGUAAAUACUUCUUUUUUUGUUAUAUACAGUACGAUACAAGCAGCAAAAGUAUUGAUUGCAGUGUGCCAUUUUUUCUAUAUAAGUUUCCUCUCCCUGCUUAUAUAUGGAUGUAAUAAUUUGUUCAUUUUCAUGUUUUUUUUUCUGUUCAUUUCAGCCUGAGAAUUAUAUCGGGCGUAGGUGUUUGUUGUGAGUUUGCCAGCUAGCUGAUGUUUGCUGCGACUGGUUGCGUCCUCACAAGGACCGCAUCCUGGCUCCGUUCCCUCAUCCCUCCGAGUGGGCGCUUACUCAUCUGACCCUGCAGAUCUGGAAACAAAAUUGGAUCUGUGUUUGGUCAGAGUGAUUUUCCAUCCAGUUUUUGCCAAUGUUCCAAUUAGCGAGGGACGUGUGCAAGGAAGUUGGCAGAUGGAAAGGGGACAGUUUGCUUUCUGUGGGGACCGCAAGCCGUCGCUGCACAUCCACUCCUGUGAGGUAGAUGGUGACUGUACCACAGGAGAACACUAUAGCAUUUAAUGAGCCCAUCCUCAUCCUCCUUCCCCUCCGUCUGCAGCCUCUUCAUCUCUCCACAUACAUACUGUAGAAGCACUCGCUCACACGCUCUCCACAUGGGCAGGCAUUUAGCCAAUCAUAGCGCAGAGCUCAGGAGGAGCUCGCUAAAUUCUGUCCAUCUGGCACCCAGAAAGCUCACAUAACACCUCUGACCAACAGCCUCUUAUGUAUACUCCUCAGAAACAAGCUUCCAAUCACACGAUACUGUACUAUACAACACAACUGAGGUAAAAGUGCAUCUCAAGAACAAGUGCAAGUGCAAAAAAGCCUCACCAGAAUUGUUACUGUGAAUCGG